GCCAAAUUGCAGCAACUCCCUCCCCAUCCUCUGGUUAAAAUACUUCCCUAAUUCUGUGCCAGAGAGAAAAAGACAGCAGUCCUACAACAACACAUACUCUGAGAAUUUCACUAUCUAAAAGAUUCUUUUAGACACAGGCAUUAUGUUCUGCAAGCAGAGGACAAGAUCUUACCAAGGGAAAAAGAUUUUCUUGAAUCAGAAGGACUGAAGAGUGUUACUGCUCACCAAGUUCAACCAGGAAUGGAUGGAGCAGCAAGUAAUCUCACUGAAGCCUCCUAAAGCUGUAUUCACAGGCAUUUAAGAUUUCUGAAUCAACCCCUUCCUCACCUUGCGAGCCACUUAUGGAAGAAGGGACCUCUAAACUCUUCGGCAGGAUGAAUAAGACCAAGGGAGCCCUUGAGAGCCCAGAGCUUUGGAGCCCGGGUUGCAUAGAGAGCACCUCCUUGACCAGCGCUGCACCACCGUUUGCAUUUGGCCAGCAGGCCACAGACAAAGCCCUGAAUGCGAUUCUUAUUGUGGUCCUCUUCAUCGUCAUGGUAUCUUUGGGGUGCACAAUGGAGAUAACCAAGAUCACAACUCACCUCAGGAAACCCAAAGGGGUAGCAAUUGCUGUAAUGGCUCAAUACGGUAUAAUGCCUUUGACAGCAUUUGUUUUGGGCAAGCUUUUCCAGCUAGGUACUAUAGAAUCCCUGGCCAUCCUCAUCUGUGGCUGCUGUCCAGGUGGAAACCUUUCAAACAUCUUUAGCCUGGCACUGAAAGGAGAUAUGAACCUCAGCAUUGUAAUGACCACAUGCUCAACAGUCCUGGCAAUUGGACUAAUGCCUCUGCUUCUGUACCUUUAUUCGGGAGGACUAUAUGAGGGUGGUCUGGAGGGCAAGGUGCCAUACAAAGGAAUAAUCAUCUCCCUGGUCCUUAUGCUAAUCCCCUGUGCUAUUGGCAUCAUCUUGAAUGAGAAGAAACCACAGUACACUGGCUUUGUCAUCAAGAUAGGGAUGGCUGUGCUUCUACUAUCAUCUGUUGCAAUAAUCGUUCUGUCUGUCAUCAAUGUUGGAAGCAACAUCAUGGCCACUUUCUCACCAGCGCUCCUGGGAUCUUCUGCCUUGAUGCCUUUUAUUGGAUUCCUGCUGGGCUACAUUCUCUCUGCAGUUUUCAAGCUUAACGACCGAUGCAGGCGGACAGUGUGCAUGGAAACUGGCUGCCAGAAUGUACAACUUUGCUCUACUAUACUCAAGGUCACCUUUGCCCCAGAAAUCAUUGGUCACCUGUACUUCUUCCCACUUCUCUACUUGAUAUUCCAGCUUGGAGAGGGCCUUCUGCUCAUCCUGGUCUUCAGGAUCCACGACAGAAUAACAAAACCAAAUGAGCAUAGUGAAAGUCACCUCCUGCUACUGCUCAGAAAUUUUCCUGAAGAAAGCUGAACAUUAUCAUCCGGAAUUCCUGUGAUAAGUCAAUGGUAGCAGCAAAUAUUUGCAGGGAAGUCUUCCAAGAUGCUCACUUUUCAGAUUCCUGUUAUACUUGGAAAUGGUGUUCAUAUCUGCCCUGUUAAGCCUAGUAAACCAUCUGAACAGUGAUGAAUACAAACCAAACCUCCAUCUCCUAGGUGAAUAAACACUUUGAACACUGAAAUGAGUUAAUUCAAGUAUGCUGUUCACUACAGACAAACUCCAGAACUGUUCUGGAAAAAAAAGGAGUGGGAUCAUACCGAUCCAAAACCCCCAACAGUCUUCUGUAAGCAGGUAGCAUAACGCUCUCCUGAAGUCUCCUUUCCUCCUCCCUGCAGUUAUGAUCACCACUGCCCUUUCUGGGAAGAGAACAAAGCCAUCUUUAUUCCUUGCAUUUCACAUACUACCUGGACUGUCUGGACACAGCUGUAAGUGCUUACAACCUGUGUUCUGGGUUUAAAUAUCUGGAAAACUGUAGAGGGCAGCAACUGGUGUUCAGGGGAUGCUAGCAGAAUUACAAGCAGUGACUUUACAUGGAAGUUGAAGAGAAGAACAAAAGGUGAGCACAGACCUCAAGAGAGAACAGUGAUCAGAAAGCAUUACACUCAUUUGUAAGGGCAGACACACUAUGGCAACUGCAUUCAUCUUUAACAUUACAGGCUUCUUAUUCUCUAAGCAGUAACUAAAGCAUAAAUGAUUCAUCCUUUCCACUAUGAGCUAUUAUAGGAGGGUUCCCUUUAUUAUUAGGUUUCUCAUUUCAAAACAUAAAUGCCCAUUAAGAUAGAGAUCUAAGGACAGCUAUAUUGUGACUAUACCAAAAAAGUCUCACCAAGGUAGCUUCCUGAAUGAGCUAACUUUAAGACUGCUUGGUUC